UUUGUGAGUGUAAUGUUUACUGUUAAUUUUGUAUUGUUUAUUUCACUUUGGUUUAUUAUCGAUUUCACUUUAUAUGGCAAUGUAAACAUGUGUUUCCCAUGCCAAUAAAACCCCUUCAAUUGGAAAUUGAAUUGAGAGGGGGAGAUAGCGAGUGAGGGAGUGAGCGAGAUAGAUUGAAAGCGAGAGUGAAAGGGGGAUAGAGGGGAGAGAGAUAGAGAGAUAGAGAGAGCGAGGUUAAAACAAUAGAUCUUGAAGCUCCCAGRGUGAGUUGUGCUGCUCCUGGAGCAGUCGGGCCCCUGUGGACCAGUCCUUCACUAGAGCCCCUCAGCCUCCAACAAAAAUACUCACAAAACAAAGGUUGUGAACUCCAAGAACAAUCACUUCAGCUGAGUUCAAUACCUAUUAUUCAUGUCYCAUUUCUCCAYCCCUCUGYUGUAGCUACUGUGAUGUUAAUAAGGUAAGCCCUUGUCUGUUUUCCUAACUGAACUGAAGAGGAGCUUGGGAGAGCUAUGUCAACAAGGCCUUUAGUAUUGGUUUGUAAAACUCUUCCAUGCUCAUUUCCCUAAACUCACAGCCAUUACCCUUGUGAACAUGAGGUGAUCAGCCAUGUAAGCCACAGAGGGCAGUCAGUGGGCUUCUCAUUGUGGGCAGGGCCUAGUCCUGGGGCAAUGAAGCUAACACUCAAGGUUCUAAUGACUAGAACCCAGAGUUUUCCCUAACCUGUGACCAUGGGAUCAGAACAGAAUAAACUAUUGUUACAUAGCCUAUAACUAGCGCCUGGAGUAUCCUUUAGGUUAUGUUGUCAGAAAAGUCAGGGACUUCCUCCCACCUAAUACCCAACCGGUAAGGGUGUAUACUCAAUCACCAAUAGGUCAGUUCGGUUGAUGCUACCUGGGUCUCUGUUUUCAUUCUCUUUUCAUUCUCUUGUUGAAGUCUGAUGACAUGACCUUAGUGACCCAGCCUCUAUUCAUACCAGGACUGUUCACCCUGGAUGAUAUUCUCCCCACAGAGCAUUGAUGCCUGUAGCCAUUGACGUAGUUCGGUGAUGAUAACUCACUGUAGACAAUCUGUUGGUUUCUUUCAGAUUGCACAGUAGGCAUAUGUUCCACCAUUUACUUUCCACCUUUGAAAGUGGACAGCAUUGAGAAGUGAGACCUUUGUGAGACCAAUUUGAGACCUAUGAUCUUUGAGGGGCCCGAGGAGACCCCUCUACAGGAGGGAAAAGAUGACUGUGCAAAAGAUGUUGCCCCCCUCUUUCAAAUCCAGCAUGUCCUCACACCUGACAGUAAUCCAGCUAUCAUUCACCUACCCUCCCUUCUGAUUAGACUACAUAAAGGAGCAUUCAAAGCUGCUUUACAAAUUGGCUAUGACCUUUGACCUGUGCCAUGUCACCCUUUUCAAAGAUGACAUGGGCAAGCUCAGCAGGAGACUUCAAAUCUCCUCUACGCACAUAUUUGACGGCUUUGUUAUGAUGGUUAAAAAAAAUCCACUGUUUUGGCUUUCCGUGAUAUAAAAAGACCUGAUGGGCCGCUGAUCAACAGUCAWCACAGGUGAGCGCAACUGAAGUCCACUCUCAAUUACCCUCGCAAGGCCGUUAGGACCAAGAUAAUAUAGUAGGAAUCAUGAUCUCCCUAUACUCUGUUAUAUUCACACUGGUGCUGUUCUCUGAGUUUAACACCCGCUCGGUCGUCUUAGCUGUACCGACAGGCAAGCUGGACGAGGGUAGGACAGAGCAGGAGAGUCUGCUUUCGAUAUUAGGCGAAGACACAAUGAGCGACAACGCUCUGGCUGCCCCGAGGUUCAGACGGGAGCCCGUCCUGGACAAUGGACUGGGCGACGAAGAGGACAACACAAAGAUCAUCAUCCUUUCAGUAAGUAUCUUCCUUCAUCCAUGUCCAUCCUCAUACCAAUCUCCUUCUGUCCCACAGGACAUUGGACUGAAAGGGCACACCAGACGUGGCAUGAACACAGCUUUCUCCCGAGCCCUUCCUGUCCUCCCCGACCGAGGCACAGAUCACUCUCCUGCUGAAUAUAGCCUGAAAGUAGAGCGCAGGGAGGCCGACCUUGAGAUGCUGCGAUGCAUGAUAGGACGAGUGUACCGACCCUGUUCGCAAGCAUAAGAGUGUGGUGGAUCCUACACUGCCGUCUGUCAAUCUCCUGCA